AUGCUUCCAAAUGAAACAUACGCAAUGAGAAGAGAAUGUUAUCGUAUUAUUCCAGAAGAAUAUGUAGCUGUUCCGUUUGUAGAUUUUUUACCACUUAUUAAAGAAGUAACCGAUGCAUUUAACGAGAUGAUUAAAAUAUAUCAAGAAGCUGAGCAUAAUAAAAUAAUUUGUGGGAAAUUGUUAGAUAAGGUCCAAAAAUCUGAUACAGCCAUAAGCAACUUAAAAAAUCGUAAUGAAAACGACGAAUACUUUUCAAGAGAAAAUUUUAAUAAAUUAAAAAGUUUGGUUCAUAUCAUUGGAAACAUUCGUAAUUUUGUUGGCAAAAUUGCCAAGUCUUAUCAAGAUGAACGGAUUGAAAAUGAUGUUAAAAUUUUUAAUUACGAGUUAGAUUUCAUGAUGCAAUCAAUGGAUAUUUCUCUGGCGAGUGACACAGGUAAUUGA